UUGCCCGUGAUGAGUUGGAAGUACUAUUUGGAAUUUUAGCUUUUUUGGGCGAGCGGAAUUUUGUCAGUAAAGGAACAAAUUGCACGAGGGAUAUAUCUUGAUUGUACUCCAGUAUCUUGCUUCAGCGGUUCACUUUGUAAAUUCAGUUUGGCGCCUGCUUAAACUGAUCCAAAUUUAGGAAGGAGAACAUAUGCAGCUAAAUUACAAAUAGUAACGACUGAUGACCAUUUAAGGUUUAAGAAAUAGUAACCAGCAGUGUUUUUCGCUUUUACCAUACUUGCUUUAAUUUGGCUUGCAUUCACUUUGGGGCUCACUAGUGUUUUUGCUUUACCAGACAUAUUGGUCUGUCUAGUUCCACUCUUGGUGUGCUAAAAAGGACUUGGCUGCUGAAGACUUGGAUUAGUUGAUUUGCAAACACUAAAUUUUUUGUGGGCAGAAGAAAAGUAAGGGUAGGUGAGAGGGAGCAGGCCUUUUAUAGAUGCGUGUGUGUAGUUUAUUUAUUAGUCCCAAACAUUAAUAGAAACAAGGUUGAAGGUAAUAAUUAAAGUGUCAUUAGUUGUGACUUUAGCAAACAGGGAUAACUUUUUCUCUCGAAAGGACAGCACUAUCAUUCUUUGGGAGCAUUGAUAAUGCCACAAUUGUUAAGGUUGUGGUGAUUGAUGACCUCUAUGCUUACCACUUUCUCAUUUACUCUCACUGUACGCAAAAAAUACACUCUAUACACACGCACACGAAGCCAACUGGCAAUAUUAAUCCAUUCAAAUAAUGAUAGCAAAAUGAAGGCCCAAGGAUUGAACAGAAGGACUUGAAUAAUUUGAAUAGCAAGCACAAAGAGUCAGAGAGUAAGAGCAAAUUAGCUCUUUCUCUAAACUCUUUUGCCCUGAUCGCUGAUAUUGAGAUUCCAAUUUGAGAUAACCCACCUUACGGUGUUUACUAGAGUAAAAGAAGGGUUGAAUGGAUUUGUCAGCUUCACAGUGCAACAGCGCGAGUGAAUCCGGUUGGACCAGUUACAUAGACCAAUCCUCUCUUUCGGAAAAAUAUUUCCGGAGAAGUGGGAUGGUGGAAUAUGAGGGAAAAGGAGAAGGACUGGAGGAUGAGGAGGAGGAGGAAGGUCUAUCCAUGGUGUCUGAUGCUUCUUCCGGGCCUCCACAUUAUCAUGAUGAGGUUGAUAAAUACUCUAGUCAUUCUUCUACUUCCGUACCCAAUCAGAAGGUCAGAGAAUGUGGCCGAAGAAAUCAACAACCUUCGCAGCUUGAUGACACUGCCAGUUCCCCUGUUCAGAGUUUUCCCCAGAAGAAAGUCAGUUUCUCAGGGAAAGGAGCAGCGGAGAAUGCCAUGGCCCUCUCUCAAGGUUUCUCCGUAGCAAGAUUAAAGACGAACUUCAAUUUCUUAGAUUGCUCAAACGCUGGCAAACAAGCCUCAAAAGAUCAAGGUGAUUCCGAACGGAGAUGAAAAUCAAACGCUGCUUUUUUCGUCUCUGCUGUUGUUACUAGUUGGAGCAUUCCUGUCCAAGGAGAGGCCAUUCAAUAUCGAAGAGGGAAUUUCCUUUCCCAUCUCCUUCACCUUUUCCUUUUUGGGAAGGAAAAAACUCUUUCGUUGUAAUUUCACCAUUUCAAUCUCUCUCUCUUUUUUUUCUUUUUCUAAUUGCUGUACUGCUACUGCCAAUGCAGAUGGUGAAAACCUCACCUAAAAGAGUAUAAGAAAUGAAAUAAGGUCUCUAUUUUUAAUA